CUGAAGAUAAGGCAUUAUAUCCCGCCUUGUUCGUUUCUAGACUCUGGUCUAUUUGUUCCGGCCCAAUUUUAUGGCGUCGCAUCGAAUUGAUAGGAAACGGGGAUGCCUUCGGCGAGAAAUAUGAAAUACAACUGAAAAC